AAUGACGUAAUGCGUACACUUCCCGAAGAGAGAUUCUUCUGACGCUACUUUCACUUCCAUGUUCCGGUGUUUUUGAUGGCUGCGAAGAUAGCAGACAGCCAUAUGCUAACUGAAAUGUUUAUGUCCGUAACGCAAAAAUGAGCACGAUAUUAGGGGACUAUGGCUUCCUCCCCCUUUCCUCCCUCCGUCUCAUCGUCCCUCCUCUGCAGCUUGUGUCUGCGGCUCUGUGGGAGAUAGUGAAGCAGGGAGCUGUGGUGCACUAUGGUCUGCUGGAGGAGUUCAUCAGCACAGUGCUGGAGACAGUCCCUGAACUGCUCACUGACACAGAGAGAGUCCAGCUAGUUAUGGGUCUACGUGCAAAGGUGGUGCUCGAGUUAUGCCACAGUGAUGAUCUUGCGAACCUUCAGGCCAUCCAGUCUCAUUUGAGCAGAAUAAACACCUACAUUAAAAACCAGGACAACAAGAAUACUAGCUCUGAGGUGGAAGCAUCAGUAACAAACUUCCUGGAGCUUGUUAACACUCUAAUGGAUGAUCAGUGCCAGAGGGAUAUCUUUUAUCAGAAAAUCUUCCCAACAGUGUUCGGCACUGAAUACGACUCUGCCCUACAGGCUCUGAUGAGGAAAUUCCUCCUCAGUCUACACAAGCUGCUGCCUGUUCCAAACCUAGAACAAACUUCACUGUGGCUCAGUCGAUCCCCCUCUGUCUUGAAAGAGUGUGUUGACUUCAUGAAUCAACCUGAGCCCCUGAAUACACUUAUUCAGCAUCACAAACAUCAUGGGCACAAAGUUCUACAAGCUUCAUCUUUCUCAGCUGAUGAUUGCAUCCUUUCCAGCCUGUCUUAUCGCCUACCAAAGAUGGAGAAUGACGAAGGAGACACACAGUUCAAAUCUGAAUUGUCGUGUGUCUCACAAGACUCGCAGAUAGAAAACUUGCUUGCCAGCUUCCUCCCCCUUUCCUCCCUCCGUCUCAUCGUCCCUCCUCUGCAGCUUGUGUCUGCGGCUCUGUGGGAGAUAGUGAGGCAGGGAGCUGUGGUGCACUAUGGUCUGCUGGAGGAGUUCAUCAGCACAGUGCUGGAGACAGUCCCUGAACUGCUCACUGACACAGAGAGAGUCCAGCUAGUUAUGGGUCUACGUGCAAAGGUGGUGCUAGACUUGGUCUGCAAUGGGGGUUUCGCCAGCCAACAGGCCAUCCAACUGCAUUUAAACAGAAUACAGACCUAUAUUAAAAACCACGGUAAAGAGAAGUCAAGUUCUGAAGUAAAAGCAUCAGUGACAAACUUCCUAAAGCUUGUUAACACUCUAAUGGAUGAUCAAUGCCAGAGGGAUAUCUUUUAUCAGAAAAUCUUCCCAGCAGUGUUUGGCACUAAAUACGAUGCAGCCCUACAGGCUCUAAUGAGAAAAUUUAUCCUCAAUCUGCAGAAGUUGCUGCCUGUUCCAAACCUAGAACAAACUUCACUGUGGCUCAGUCGAUCCCCCUCUAUCUUGAAAGAGUGUGUAGACUUCAUGAAUCAACCUGAGCCCCUGAAUACACUUAUUCAGCAUCACAAACAUCAUGGGCACAAAGUUCAAGCUUCGCCUUCUUCCACUGAUGAUAGCAUCAUUUCCAGCCUGUCCUAUCACUUACCAAAUGUGCACAAUGACCAAGAAAACACACUGGUUAAAUAUGGAUCCAUGUGUGUCUCACAAGACUCGCAGAUGGAUAACUUGCUUGCCAUUGAGUCAGAAAAUAUUAAAAAAGAAAACUCAAUGGAGAUUAAAUCAGAAUUAAUGUGGAACAUAGAAAUAAAUGGACAACAACAUGCUAAUGAUGUGGCUGAAGACCAGGGGGCCUCUAUUGAAGUAAUACUUCAGCCUUUUGAUGAAAGUGAGUCGUACAACCAUGUGAAAACUGGCAGUUGGAAAUCCUCCAAAACCUUCAAGUGUCUCAUCUGUGGCAAAGAUUUUGGUUCCCUUAAGAAACUAAAGAAGCACAAGAGUACCCAUCAUGAUGGCUUGACAAACAAAAGGAGACAGUCAAAUUCUGUGACCCAGAAGAUACAUGCACAAGUCAAACCAAAGACUUGUACUGAUAAUAAUGCUUCUAGAAGUGAAGCUAAGCUUCCACCACUGGCAAGCGCCACAACACGUAGCCCUCUGAAUUUGAAAAGACUUCCGGACUUUGAGCAGUCUGAUGAUAACUGUGAUCUUGUUUGUCAUCUUUGUGGCAAGGUUUACACUUAUCAAAAGAACUUUGACAAACACAAGAAGUUUUGCGUGGUCCAUAAACAACAAGCAGAGAUGGACCAACAGUGUUCCACAAGCUGGGCUCAUCUCUACAAACUGAACCCUGCUGAUACAACCAAAGAGUCUCCGCCCAGUGAAACUGACAAUGGGCCUUCAAAUGUUGUUCCCCAGGAAUCUUUAGAAUCACCUCAACAGCAAACAUGUAAAAGAAGCGGUCGCGUCAAACAAUGCUCCGUAUGUCGGGAAGUCUUUACCUGUUCUGCUGACUUGAUUAGUCACAUGAGAUGCCACAUUGAACAGAAUGACUAUGAUAAAUUCAAAGACUAUGAGACACAUCAGAAAGAUAAAUGCAGAGUUUCACAGCAACAUUCACAGGACAAUCCCCUCAGCAACGCAAAGAAAAGCAAACAGGAGAAUCCAGUUGUUUCAAGUGGUACAAGUCACGUCCCAACAAUCACAGAUGGACCUGCCAACUCUCAGGCUGUGAAGCCAUGUAAAUCACCUCUGAAGUGUCAAGAAUGUGAACAGCUUUUCAUUUACCACAAGAAUCUUGAAAAGCACCAGAGUGAAUGUUCCAAAGGAGCAUCUCAAGGGAAAAUGCAAACAAAAUAUUUUAUUAUCAAUGGGUGUAAUUUCCAAUCAGGUGACAAAACCAAUGGGACCUGUGAUGAGACAACUUCUGAAACUGCAAAAACUCCAAUUUCUGCAGACCUUGCAGAAGUUGCCGAGGCUGAAUCUUGCACUGUGAAGUGCACAAUGUGUCAGAAGAACCUUUCAAAAAUCCCCCCCAUUAACGAACAUUUUUCCACGUCAUAUGAUGUUACUGACUCAUACCCCUGCAGUUUGUGCAAGAGAACUUUUGUGAGGCUGUCCGAAUUGGUUCAACAUCAGCAAAACAAAAAGUUGUAUCAGUGCGCCACCUGCAUGAAAUGUUUCUCGACAACAGGACGAAAGACUCAUAAUGUAAAACUUAAUGCGUGUGUAGUGCCAAGUGUUUGUGCACCAUGCAGGAGCAGCUUCAAAUGUCUUGCUAAUCUGACUCUGCACCAGAGAGAGCAUGGAGAGAGUAUGGAGAAGAGCAGCUUAACGCUUGUUCCCACUGUGGGAAAGACUUCAGUUCAAAAGACAGCCUGAAAUCACACAUAGUGAAGCACACAGAUGGUUUCACAUGCCUACUAUGUGGUAAGAAAUACUAUUGAAAGUUGUCCCUACAAUGGCAUCUGGAUAAACACACUGGACAACAUCUGAUCUGUACCACUCUGACACCUGUGGGAAAGGCUGGCCGAAUGCACGUCUGCUCAAGCUACACAAGAUUCAACAUAUAGAGGAAAGGCAGUUCAAGUGUGUAGACUGUGGUGUUUGUUACAAGAGGGAAUCCAAUUUGAUUGUUCACCAUAGGGACAAACAAAUGGGAUUGCGGCCAUUGUUGUGUGAGGUUUGUAACAAAGUCUUUAGCGUAAACAGCCUCUUUAAAGAACACAUGAGGGUUCACACAGGGGAGCAGCCAUUUAUGUGUCCAAGGUGUGGCAAAAAGUUCAAACAAAAACCUCACCUCACACAUCACACCACAAAGGUAUGUCGGUAGCUUCAGGCUGUCUGUGCAUGUGCCACUCCACAUUCUGCCACGAUAAACGAAAUACAUUGAUCAGUCAUAAGAGAAAAAGGACCAAUAGGUAAAGUGAACAACAUUAAUUAUCUAGUUUCAGUGCAGAGUACAAAGGUGCUGGGAAACCUUGGAUCCCUGUGUUCAUGUAGAUGCCACUUGACAUGCACCACCCACCCAAACACCAAAGAUUGCAGAACCAAGAACCAUUCCUCAUGGUCAUCCAUCCAUCAUCCAUCCAUCAGUGGGACUUCCAGAAGGCUUUACCUGAUAGUCCUUUAGCCAAGCUCAGAGCAGUUGUGAACUUUGGGGCAUUAUCUUCUCCCUGUACAAUAUGACAACAUCAGGUCUUAAGUAUAACAUAAAGACUUUUAUAAAGCACUAUACUUCAUAAUGUGGUUUACAGACUUGAAUGUCCAUGUGGUUUUUACACAGGGAGAACAAAACGUAAACUUAAAGUCAGACUUGCUGAACAUAAACAAGCUAUAAGAACUGGCAACCCACCGCUUUUCAUUAGAAAGAGGCUAACCAAGGCAGUUGCAGUUCGCUAAAAUCAUCAUGCGCAAAUAGAUUAAAAAGGCUCUCACAAAGAGAAUCAUUCUGGAUAUAUGCGCUGAAAGCUACCUGAUAUCCAGGUCUGAACAGGGAACUAGACUUUACUUCUUUUUUAUAUCUUUUUUCUACCAAGGCAUCUGUGACCUUAAAUGUCUGAAAAUGUUAUUUUAGGCAUUGUUGAAAUUAUUAAUUGAUACUUUUCUGAGUGUAUUGAAAUAUUUAGAAGUUUGAAGAAUUUGUGUAUGUAUAUUUUUCUAUUAUCUUGCUUAGUAUUACUCGUACUGAUCAUGUGGUCAUUUACCUAAAUGCAUAGUCAUGUCGUGGUUUUUCUAGACAAAUCAUGUUACUGCUCACCUGUCUUCAUUGAUCAUGUGACUUAACUGUCCAGACAAAUCAUGUCACCACUACUUACCUGGCUAUACUGAUCAUGUGACUGACUGCUAACAUAUAAAAAGAACAUAUUUUUUACUGUUGUGGUGAUUCCACAGCCAUGAUUAAUUAAAGGUGUUUAACUCAUUA